AUAGGGGAGGGGACCCAGGUGAUUUGGGUCCUGGCUGGUCACCAGGUAAGCUGGCAAGGGAAGGGAGACUGGGGUGCGCUCUAGGAGAAGCCGACAGCCUGACAGUCCCAGAAGACAAGCCCUAUGGAUCCUCCCCUGCCAGCCACGCCCUUACCCUGGGUAUAAGAGCCACCACCGCCUGCCAUUCGCCACCAUCUCCCACUCCUGCAGCUCUUCUCACAGGACCAGCCACUAGCGCAACUUCGAGCGAUGGCCUAUGUCCCCGCACCGGGCUACCAGCCCACCUACAACCCGACACUGCCUUACUACAAGCCCAUCCCGGGCGGGCUCAGCGUGGGAAUGUCUGUUUACAUCCAAGGAGUAGCCAACGAGCACAUGAGGAGAUUCUUCGUGAACUUUGCGGUGGGACAGGACCCGGGCGCAGACAUCGCCUUCCACUUCAAUCCGCGGUUUGACGGCUGGGACAAGGUGGUCUUCAACACCCUGCAGGGCGGGAAGUGGGGCAGCGAAGAGAGGAAGAGAAGCAUGCCCUUCAAAAAGGGCGCCGCCUUCGAGCUGGUCUUCCUAGUCCUGGCUGAGCACUACAAGGUGGUGGUAAAUGGAAAUUCCUUCUAUGAGUAUGGGCACCGGCUUCCCCUGCAGAUGGUCACCCACCUGCAAGUGGAUGGGGAUCUGCAACUUCAAUCAAUCAACUUCAUCGGAGGCCAGCUCCCCCCGCCCCAGGGACCCCCAAUGAUGCCACCUUACCCUGGUCCCGGACAUUGCCAUCAACAGCUGAACAGCCUGCCCACCAUGGAAGGACCCCCAACCUUCAACCCGCCUGUGCCAUAUUUCGGGAGGCUGCAAGGAGGGCUCACGGCUCGAAGAACCAUCAUCAUCAAGGGCUAUGUGCCCCCCACAGGCAAGAGCUUUGCCAUCAACUUCAAGGUGGGCUCCACGGGGGACAUAGCUUUGCACAUUAAUCCCCGCAUGGGCGACGGUACCGUGGUCCGGAACAGCCUUCUGAAAGGCUCGUGGGGAUCCGAGGAGAAGAAGAUCACGCAUAACCCAUUUGGUCCCGGACAGUUCUUUGAUCUGUCCAUUCGCUGUGGCUUGGAUCGCUUCAAGGUUUUCGCCAAUGGCCAGCACCUCUUUGACUUCGCCCAUCGCUUCUUGGCCUUUCAGAGGGUAGACACGGUGGAAAUCCAGGGUGAUGUUACCUUGUCCUAUGUCCAGAUCUAAUCUAUUCCUGGGGCCAUAACUCAUGGGAAAAUAGAAUGAUCCCCUAGGACUCCUUUCUAAGCCCCUAAUAAAAUGUCUGAGGGUGUCUCAUGA